AGGUGUGUGCUCCUGUGUGUGCCAGGGUUGGAAAAUUUCCAUCAAAAUGUCCUGCCAGCAAAACCAGCAGCAGUGUCAGCCUCCUCCCAAGUGCCCUCUAAAGUGUCCCCCUCAGUGUCCAGCCCCAUGCCCACCUCCAGUCUCUUCCUGCUGCAGUUCCAGCUCUGGGAGCUGCUGUGGCUCCAGCUCUGGGGACUGCUGUAGCUCUAGGGGUGGUGGCUGCUGUCUGAGCCACCACAGGCCUCGCCUCUUCCACAGGCGCCGGCACCAGAGUCCUGAGUGCUGUGAUUGUGAGCCUUCUGGAGGCUCUGGCUGCUGCCCCAGCUCUGGCUCUGGAGGCUGUUGCUGACACAGACCUUGAACAUCAUGGAGAAACCCCUAAGCAGCAUCUCAAGGCCAGGACCUGUCCCAGCGUGACACUUCUCUUCAUGGGCCAGGCAAAGCCUGUGAAGGGUUCUGUCUGUUCUGCUGACCCAGGUGCUUGUCCUGGAUCUUAAUCUCCUUCAUC